CUCUCCGGCCCGCGGGCCGGUCUCUGCUCUGAGGGGGAAUCAGUGCGGUUUCUAGGCUGUUCUGACAUUGGAUGUGCGUUCCCGGAGCCGUUCUGUCUCACGCGGCGCCCGGGAGGAGACCUGUCGUCGCGGCUUCAGCGCAGAGGGGGAACGUGGUGACAUGCCCUCCUGAGCCGUCCAGCAGUUCAGCAUCUGUGCGGCCAACAUGGAGGCUCUCAACAUCACAAAGGACAUCAUCAAGCGACAGAUAAAGGAGAAGAGUGCCUUGUGGUUUGAGCGCCGCUAUCAUGUGAUGGAUCCGUUUAUAAAGCGUCUUGGCCUGGAGUCCGAGUUAGAGGGUCAUUCUGGGUGUGUGAACUGCCUUGAAUGGAAUGAGACGGGCCAGUUGCUGGCCUCUGGUUCGGACGAUCAGCACGCAAUUCUUUGGGAUCCUUUUAGCUGUAAGAAACUACUCACCAUGCACACUGGACACACAGCUAACAUCUUCUCAGUCAAGUUUCUGCCACAUUCUGGCGAUCGCACCCUCAUUACCGGAGCCGCUGACUCCAAAGUGCACGUCCAUGACCUGACGGUGAAAGAAACCAUUCACAUGUUUGGGGAACACACCAAUCGAGUAAAACGCAUUGCAGCGGCACCCAUGUGGCCCAACACCUUCUGGAGCGCUGCAGAGGACGGGACAGUCAGACAGUAUGACCUGAGAGAAAGCAGUAAGCGCUCGGAGGUGCUGGUGGACCUGACCGAGUACUGUGGACAGCACGUGGAAGCCAAGUGUUUGGCUGUCAAUCCUCAGGACAAUAAUUACCUGGCUGUGGGAGCCAGUGGGCCUUUUGUCCGUGUCUAUGAUGUUCGCAUGAUCCACAAUCACAGGAAGGCAGUGAAGCCGAGCUCUACAGCAGGAGUCCACACAUUUUGUGACCGGUAUAAGUCUGUGCCAGACGGAGCUGUCCAGUACUACGUGGCAGGGCAUCUUCCAGUAAAACAGCCCGAUUAUAACAACAGGCUUCGAGUGCUUGUGGCCACAUAUGUGGCCUUCAGUCCCGAUGGCACAGAGCUCCUAGUCAACAUGGGAGGAGAACAGGUUUAUUUGUUUGAUCUCACAAAUAAACAGAAACCAUAUACAUUCCUCCUGCCAAAGAAGUGUCCUUCAUCCAGUGAUUUGCAGAAUGGAAAGUCCACAACAAAUGGAGUUACAAAUGGGAUUCAUCUCCACAGUAAUGGAUUUCGGCUGGCAGACACCCGAUCACAGAGCAGUACUGCCUGUGAACUUCCAGCAUACUUAGAGAGGCUCAAACAGCAGGCAAAUGACGCAUUCUCCCGACAGCAGUGGACACAAGCCAUUCAGCUGUACAGCAAGGCUGUGUACCAGGUGCCCAGGAAUGCCAUGCUGUAUGGCAAUAGAGCAGCGGCCUUCAUGAAACGCAAGUGGGACGGAGACCAUUAUGAUGCUCUGAGAGACUGUCUGAAAGCCAUUUCUCUGAACCCUUUGCACCUGAAGGCCCAUUUCCGCCUCGCCCGCUGCCUGUUCGAGUUGAAGUACGUCACAGAAGCACUGGAGUGUCUGGAAGACUUCAAAGGACGCUUUCCUGAACAGGCACAGAGCAGUGCCUGCGAUGCCCUCGAGAGAGACAUUAAAGCUAUGCUCUUCUCUAAGAGUGAAAGCUCUGAUGAUAAGAAGAGUGGUGGUAAUGCCCCAAUCCGUAUCCGGUCCAGCGGGCGAAAGGAUUCCAUCUCAGACGAUGAAGUUGUGCUGAGAGAGCGAGGCUAUGACUAUAAAUCUCGGUUCUGCGGCCACUGCAACACGACCACUGACAUCAAAGAGGCCAACUUUUUUGGAAGUAAUGGUCAGUACAUCGUCAGUGGGUCAGACGACGGCUCCUUUUUCAUCUGGGAGAAAGCGACGACAAAUCUUGUGCGUGUUUUGCAGGGCGACGAGUCGAUCGUGAACUGUCUACAGCCACAUCCAAGGCACUGCUUUCUCGCAACCAGCGGCAUUGAUCCUGUGAUUCGCUUGUGGAGCCCGAGGCCAGAGAGUGAAGAUCAGAAUGAACGAGUAAUUGAAGACAUGGAGGGAGCUUCUCAGGCCAAUCAGCGCCGGAUGAACGCAGACCCGCUGGAGGUCAUGCUCCUGAACAUGGGCUACAGGAUUACCGGGCUGAGCAACAGUGGGGUGGCGUCGGAUGAUGAGGAAACGUCAGAGGGGCAAGUGCAGUGCAGACCAAGCUAAGCACCCUCUGGGCUGGGCUGGAGACAGCUUUCUCCAGUCAUGCAUCUGGUUGAAACACUGCACUGUUUCCCCACCCCCACCCCACUACCCCCCCCACCCCACAACCCCUUAUGUAGCAGUAAUACAGGCAGCAUUCAUAUCCUUCCCACCAGCCUCUGCCCACAGCUCCCAAUGCCAACCAGAUCCGCCAACGGAGCCUCUGAUGUUUGACUCUCGCUGCCCUCGGGAGCAGCGACUGAACCUGAACCGGGGCUGGGAUGAGUACAAUAGACUUGAAAUUGUUUCUGGUGGUUGUUUUGGGAAAGACUCGUUUGAUAAGCAGAAAUGUUUUUAAUUCUAUAGAUGCUGCUUUCAAAAGUUUGUUUAAAUAGCUCUUCCUCCUUGAUAGUGUCGCACACGCCUCUUUUGUAUCUAUUAACCAGCUGUGUGCAGUCGUUAGCCAAUAAGCAGCCAGCAAAUGGGGGUGUUAAAGGGCCUAGCUUCACCAGGUUUAAGUCCCUGAGUUAGCCUCCGUAGCCUGCAACCUUCUGUCGUCGGCUGCCUGAGGUAUAUCUGGGAAUAGCUGCCCUGUCCUGCCCUAGAUUCUCAACUAUAACGAACAAAGCACUGCAAUGCACCAGCACGUACAGCCUGCAGAGAGGUGUGAGAGAUGGAGUCCAGUUCUGUGUGUAGAGAGGACGGAAACCUUCCACAAGCGUGUGUGUGUUUUUGUGUGUACUCCUCUAACUGCAGAGCUGAGUCGGAUCAGGAAAACCAACCUCUGAGGCUGUAUAUGUGUGCCCCUACGUGCAUCUGUUUGUGUGAGAGAGUGUGUUCGCGUCUCUUCCUCUCUCCUCUUCACCCCCAUUAGUUUUAUUUUACAUUUAUCCUGAACCAGUCAUGCCACUUGUCUCUGCAUUGCCGUCUCUGGAGAGAUUGCUCGCAGUUUGUCCGCAGCUUGUGUGUUCAACUGCGCCUUGUGUGCGUGUGGGGUUGGUGCAGUGGCUUCAGCGACUAAUGGUGGCAUUACAGGAGCUUUUGAACGACUACACUGUGAAGCUGAACAUGAAAUUAAUCCUGACCCGUCAAGCAGGCUGACUGUAUUCCGAUCGUGGGUACACACGCUGGGUUGUGGCUGUCAGAUGGUGGUGAAUCAAUUCACUGCAGCUGGACUUUCCUCUGAAAGCUAUUGACUGUUAUUAGUAAAUGAUUGGCAGCUGCCCCAUCAGUUUUCUUAUAAAGCUGGUGUGACUUCAUCUCACUGACUGUUUGUUCCAUUCCUCACGAGUGUGUGUUUUCCUGGUGUCCCAGUGGGAAGUGAAAUAAUUUGUUAGUUUUCAAAUUAAAAUUGCCGUAAGGCAGGCCCUGAAAACUUAACAGGAAAAGUUUGUUCCAGAUUAGAACAUCAAUGCCAUCAGCUUUGAGUCCAUAGACCAGCGAGGUACUGGGGGAAUGUUGUAUAAUAUAGAAUCUGACCUUUGUACAUCGUGCAUUUCCUGUUUUUCUUUCAGACAGAUUGUGAGCUAAGAGUGACUCUCAUGUUCCAAAUUGUCCUCUUUUCCUUCCCACUAUCCAGACACUGAGAGGAAUCCGUUCUCUGUUACCUUUAAGUUUCCUGCAAACUUUUCUCCCGGCCCUCUCAUCCCCCCCCCCCCCCAACCACGCCUUGUACACGCAUUACAGACACCCCUUGUUCACGCUCACACACUCGCUGUGUGCUGCUGUGGGUACGUUGCACGCCCAGUGGGGGCAGGUUGGCCCAGGGUUGAGGUCAAUGUCAAUUCUGUAUUUAAAGCUUCUUCAACUAAUUUGUUGCUACAUUUGCCAUCUAUAAUUAAAAAAAAUCAAUUUCUUGAUAAGGAAUGUCUGUGAAAGCUGCUAACUGUAAAUUGAACUAGUUACUACAUGGUGGUGAUAUUUGAGUUUCAAGCCAGCGUUGAAAUGCUCGGGUUUAGCAGAGUGCUGUAUAGUUUGGUUUCAUUGCUAAUAAUUAAUUCCUACUUGUAUAGGGCUAGUGCUGUUGUUGGCUUUGAACAAGCCUGUAGUUAUUUCAGUUGUAUAUGGGUGCAAUAAAAACAAACAGAAA